AUGGCGAGUGGUCAGAAAAAUCUCUCUUUAAAGCUCGUGUGUCUAGGCGUGUCUGGUGCGUCUGAAAAGGAAGGGUAUGAUCCCAUAACCGGUUGCCUCACCAAGUUAAAUGAGUUUAGCGAAUAUCAUAAUGAUAUGUUGCAAACAAAACUAAAUCAUAUUCAAGAGCUUAAUCCUAAUGUCAUCGUCAUCUAUGCUGGAUUCACAAGCGGGGCCUUGAAGGCAUGUUGUGGAUGUGGAGGGCCGUUUAAUUACAACGCUUCAGCGAGAUGUAGAGAUGAAUCAACUAUCUUGUGUGAUGAUCCAGAUACAUAUGUUAGCUGGGAUGGAGUACACUUAACCGAAGUAGCAUACAAAGUGAAUUUCAAGAGUCUAUAUCAAGGGACAUAUACUACACCCAAAUUUAAUUCCCUGUGUCAUACGACAUCAACACCACAAGAGACAAUCGGAUUAUUGAGUUCUACAUAA